AUGUCAGCCAGUGAUAUUGUGACAUCCGAAUUCACUUACACAGUUACAUCUGGUACGUCAGAGUACACCAGCGUGGAUAAAUCCGUAGAAGCUACACGCACACACACACUACACACAUCACAACACCUACACCCCGCCCACUCCCGCCGAUUCCGCCUAAUAAAAUUUUGGAUUUCUUCUCUUCAAUUGCAAAAAUCUGGCGAUUCGCUUCUCAGCAGCUUACGGUGUACAAAAAUGGGUGCCUACAAAUACGUCCAAAGCAUCAACCAGCACAAGCAAAGUGACUUGGUCAAGUUUAGACUUCGUGUUAUGGCAUGGUACUUGAGACAACUCACCGUCAUCUCACGUGCACCUGGUCCAUCCAACCUUGUCCGCGCCAGACAGCUCGGUUACAAGAGAAAGCAAGGCUACGUAAUCUACAGAGUGAGAGUGCGUAGAGGUAACCGUAAGCGCCCAUGUCCAAAGGGUGUUACGAACGGUAAGCCAGUAAGACAGGGUAUUAACCACCUCAAGCCAUCGAGAGGCCACAGAGCUCUCGCUGAGGAACGUGUCGGUCGUCGCUGCUCCAACCUUCGCGUACUCAACUCUUACUGGAUCAACCAAGACGGUGUGUACAAGUUCUACGAAGUCAUUCUCGUCGAUCCUUCACACAAGGCUAUCAGAAGAGAUGCUCGUAUCAACUGGAUUUGCGACGCUGUUCACAAGCACCGUGAAUCUAGAGGUCUCACCGCUGAAGGCAAGAAGAACCGUGGUCUUGGUAAGGGUCACAGAUUCAACAAGACCCCUCGUCGUGCUACCUGGCGCAGAAACAACACCCUCUCUCUCACCCGUUACCGUUAA